UGGCUGGCUCUACUAGCGGGUCACAGAUGCGCGUCCCAAGACCGACUUGUAUCCAAGAGAAAUCGCUUCGCUUGACCCAAGUCCACAGGUCUGCUUUGUCCGAUAGUGAUACCUGGCGCAUUGCGACGCACCGUCUAUCAAUACAACAUUUAUGCCUUGUAUGCUCUUGCUGUUCCAAGCAGUAUGAAACGAGUUGCAUCUCUUCUGGUUUUGGUCAUCUCUGCUGUGGUUGUGCUUGAAGCUACGCAAAUUUACAAAGGAUCGUAUGCCUCCGGCAAACAGAGGAAACCAUCGCUGCCAAAGAAAUACCUUGUUGAGGAUGGGGGCUAUAUAAAACACCGAAAGAUCCGCGCUCUUAUUUCCGAGCACGAAUUGCGUGAGCGACAUCGUGUUGGCCGACAAUUGCCGGGCGUUCGUAAUGGUGGCGGCGGGUACCUCUACAAUCGCCCAGUGUAUACAUCCAGUGACCAUUUAGCCGCUCGCCCCGCGCUCCCGCUUACGGAAGUUGAAUCACACCCGCUGUCGAACUUCCCUGCACACUAUACAGGAGAUUUAGAAGAUGAACCAAAAAAAGAUGCUUCUAAAAGUAAGACGCCUUCUGAUAGCGAAAAACCGUCCGCCCCAGCAAACGUUACGGUCAAGGAUGGCGCGAUUCCAGAGGACGGUAAAGUGAAGGAGCAACCUGAUCAAACAAAAAAAGUUGAGCCCAUUGAACCGGAGGUACUGAAACAGGAGGUUUCUCAGGAUAAGUCGGAGCCGGUGGCCAUAGCAGUCCCAGCGUCCGCCGUUGUGCCUGUCGGCAAGAACAUGCAAAGCGAACAAGACCUUGAUAAGCUCAGUUCAGCUAAUGGCGAGAAAUCUGGUGCAGGCGGGGAACCGCCUAUGAUUGUCAGUCAACAGGGAACCGUUUCCGGAAAGCCUCCCGUGGCGAUGGAAUAAAGCGAAGAAGCACUACCCUCAACGAGUGCGCCCUUCAGAUAACGAUUAAUAGACAUAAUAUAUAAACAUAUAUAUAUAUAUAUGUGUGAGUGAGUGUGUGUGUGUGUGCAAUAAAUAUGAUAUCUAUU